UACUGCGUCCUAAACGUAUGGAAUAUAGACGUAUAGUUAUGGGUUUUAGAAACAAAAUGUUAUACAUGCUUUAUUUAGUUUUACUUCAAACUGUUUCUUCACAAUUGUUAAGUGAAGCAUCGACAUCACGACUACUUAAACGAUUCGAAAGGUUUGAAGACGAUUUAUUCUUGAUUCGAAAGACUCUUAAAGAAGAAAGUGAUAUAUUUAGAGAGGACAUUUCUACGCUUUUUACCGAAUUGCGUAAUUUGCGAAAGGAUCUGGAUGACGAAAGGCAAUUAAGAAGAGGGGAUAUUUCUACGGUGUCUAACUGGUUAUCGGAAUCUUCUAGACAUGUUGUUAGCAAUGACAAAGGACCAAUUACCAUUGCGCAGCACGGAUCAUGUGAUUGUGAUGCUAUUGCUGGUCAAUAUAGAAAUCUUAUCAAUGCGUUUAAAAGUGAGAAAUCUGAGAAUAUAAUUCUUAAAAAGAAAUUCGACGAGAUGAAGAAAGAACAUGAUUUUGAAAUCGAUAAUCUUCGCGAAAUGUUUAAUAAUAGUGUUUCUGAAAUAAACAGUACGGAUAUAGCAUUACGUUUAGAAAUAGACACAAUAAAAAAUGAAGCAAUAGACAAUACGUUUAGCAGAGAAAACUUCGUGAACAUAAUUCUUCAACAGAAAUUCGAUGAACUUAGAAAAAAUUAUGAUUUUGAAAUCGGAAAUGUCCGCGAAACGUUGGAAAAUGUUAAUGCCAGAUUAGAUAGCGCGGACAGAAGAUUACGUUCAGAAAUAGACACCAUGAAACUUGAAGCACACGCGAAUUUGAGCGCUACACAGAAGCUGGUUCACAACAGCUAUUCCGUCUGUCAUAAAGAGAUAAAUCACACUCGUUCUUACUUCAACGACGGGUUAAUGCGUGUAAAUGAGUCAUUUACAAAUCGUUUUUUGAAUGCAAUUCAGGAUAUAUCUCGAAUGACAUCAGACAUUGUCAAUCUCAAUAUGUCAAAUGAAAUAUUAAAGAACUUGAACAACUUAACUGAUUCGUGUGACAGUGUAGAAAAAAAUGGCGAACAUAAAAUUUACCCCAGAUCUCACCCGAACGGAAUCAGGGUAUAUUGUAAUAAAGAAUCAACAAAUAAGGGAUGGAUAGUAAUACAGAGGAGAGCAGACAUGUCGGUGAAUUUCAACCGCACUUGGGUUGAUUACAAAACUGGCUUUGGCAACUUGAGUGGGGAAUUCUGGUUGGGCAAUGAGCAUAUCUUCAAGCUGACUAAGGACAAACCGAGAGAGCUCAGGAUUGAUAUCAAUAUAGGAGAGCAAUAUGCGCUGUAUUCCAAUUUCAGUAUUUCAUCUGAGUCUGAGAAGUAUAAGCUCCAUCUGUCCGGAUACUCUGGUGACGCAAGAGACGGUUUAGGUUAUCACAGUGGUAUGUCGUUUUCAACUUUCGACGCAGAUUAUGACAAUAUGAUGCAGGCGUGUUGUGCAUGCGAUGUUGGUGGCGGUUGGUGGUAUCGCAGUGAUGAUUGUUUUAAAACUAAUCUGAACGGGAAUCGCCCCGACCAGUUCGGCAGAGGAGUGAGGAGAGGAUUUAUGUGGUGGGCGUGGCGAAGAUUUGGAGGCCUUUAUGGAGGCAAUUUUCUGUUGUCUUCCUCAAUGAGCAUACGCUAAGAAUGUUCUUUAUUACUAUGAUGUGAUUUUUUAAAGCAUUGCCAUAAGAUCAAUACAACAAUUUAUCGAUGAAUGUUAUGGUUUAAUUUUGCUUAAUAUGAAUUGCAUCAUAUGAUAAAACACAUUUAUUUAUACAUUAAUAUGUGUUGCAUACCGUUGAAAACCCGUGACGGUUUUAUAUUCAAGACAUUAUAUGCUAACACUACAUCUCAAGUUUUAACUAACAAAUUGCAUCUUCAAUUGUUAUCACUUUUAUCCUCCUACAUGCAAAAUGUAUAGGAUAUUCGUUGUUAUUUUUGCCUACCAUGAUAUAUAUCCGAUUUAAACAAUAUAAUGGUACAAUUUAUAACAAGGGAAGCUUGCAUUUUUAAAUUAAAACUUUGGAUCUAAUUAAUCAUGAUGCAUUUGUGGCAAGUUUUUGUCUCAUAAUUUCAUCGCUUCUUAAGGGGUGUUGCGGCAGUUUAUUUAACCGAGGAUAUAUUUAUAGCAACACCGAUUAGCUAUUAUCACAACCCAAUAUUUUUGUUAUCAGAAUCAUCCCAAAUCACAGAGUGGGUUCAUAAUACAAAGGUCAGUGGUUCGAUGCCAGGUUCGGCUAACUUUUUUUAACUUCUUUUCUUUAAUUUAAUUCUUGUUUUAUACUGGAGCUCUUUAGAUCUGUUGUUUACAUUUAUCAAUUCAAAGCAUUUACCACUAACUUCAAAGCAUGCCGAAACCUGUAAACAAGUCCCUGUAAGUUAUUGAUGAUUAAGAUCGAGUUUGAUACCGUAUUGUCACAUGUUUGUGACUUAAUAUUGUAUUAUUAUUGUUAGUUUUUGGUAAACUGUUGAGAUCCCAGUUAAGAUUAUAAACAAUGUCUAAGGUUUAUGCAUAUUUUUAGCAAUCAAUGUACCGGUACUUGGGUUUAGCCAAAUUGCUAGAUUUUAUGAAAUUUGACAUAGACGGUAGGGAUAGUUAAACAACAAAAUAUGUGUUAAAGGUGCGGUGACCCCCUAUUUUUAUUUUUGUUUUAUGAUAACAAUACGUAGAUGAAAGUAUUUGAGCAGUUUCGCAGAAAGUUAUUUGUUAGAACUUUUUUAAAUUUCAUUUUUGUGGUAAAUAUAGAAACCAAUUGACGUUUUUUUGGGUGACAUAAACAUUAUAAAAAUUAAAUUUCUUAAAAAUUAA